AUGGCUGUGUCUACAGAGACAGUUAUUGCUAUCAAGUCUUACCAAAAUCAGGCUGAGGCAUUGGUUAAGAAUUACUUAUUAGCAGAUCCUUUCAUUCCUUACACUUCUGUCCUUGGUGGCAUUUUUGCUUGCAAAGUGGCCUAUGAUCUCACUCAAUUAAUCAGCACUUUUUACAUCAAAGCUUAUAAUGGUCUUACAAAAAUUCAACGAAUUGAGUGGAACAAUCGAGGAAUGUCUACAAUUCAUGCCAUUUUCAUCACAGCUAUGUCAUUGUACUUUGUCUUCUGGUCAGAUCUCUUUUCUGACCAACGGCAUACUGGCCUUGUUACAUUACGAAGUUCACAACUCUCCAUUGUUGGACUUGGGGUUUCUGUUGGGUACUUCUUUGCUGACCUUGGAAUGAUUUUGUUGUACUAUCCUACUUUGGGUGGGAAGGAGUAUGUUAUCCAUCAUUCUCUUUCUACAAUUGCAGUAGCAUAUUCUAUGUUGUCUGGAGAAAUGCAGCUUUAUACAUAUAUGUGCCUCAUCUCUGAAGUGACAACUCCAGAGAUUAAUAUGAGAUGGUAUCUAGAUACAGCUGGUCUGAAGAGGUCUGCUGCGUAUCUUAUUAAUGGUCUAGCAAUCUUUCUUGUUUGGCUGAUGGCAAGAAUUCUGCUGUUUCUAUACCUGUUUCACCACAUCUACGUGCACUAUGAUCAGGUUAUCCAGAUGAGUUUCUUUGGCAUUCUUCUGGCCUUUUUGGUUCCAGCACUACUAUUUAUCAUGAACUUAGCGUGGUUUGGGAAGAUCAUUAAGGGAUUGAAGAAAACCUUAGCAAAAAGACAGUGA